AUGGUUAACCUAGAUGAGCUCCCGAAGGAGUUCCUCCAAGGCCCCUCGUUAGUUCUCCCCCUUCGGAAUCCCCCGCCGUGGCCCCUCUCUCCCAUGCGACACCGAAUACGAGGCUCUCGAACGAGCCCCUCUUCCUACAAACCCUUGAACACCUUUAAGCUGGAAAAAAACCGAUCGUAUAAGCAGCAGUAUGGCGACAUGUACUUCUUGCGUCUCGUCAAGAUUAAGCCCACCGUGGAGAAAGUGGCUGCCGAAGCUUGGGGCGAGCUCGAGAUUCACGGCGAGCGUGUGAAAAAGGCGACCCGUGUCUUGAACGUGCGCCAGGGCGAGUUAAGCUGGGUUGUUGGUACCAUCUACAUGGACAUGUCGCUGAAGCCGAAUAUCCUCGAGGACGUAUCGAAUGAUAAAUGGCUUUCCGCGCCCGUCGCGGUGGAAAAGUACUACGCUGCUGGCGAGGCCGACAACAUCAUGCUAGAAGACGAUUCGGGUCGGGUCCGUCUCAUGGGCGACAAGAUCAAGUCUGUGCCGCUCGUGACUGGCUGCAUCAUUGCUGUUAUGGGGACCGAGACGAUCGACGGCGAGUUCGACGUUGUGGAUAUCAAGUUCCCCGACCUCGCCCCCAGCCUGAGAGAUGUCGGGCGGGUCUGGGAGUGGGGGAAGAAGGUGGCCCUAGUCUCCGGGCUCUCCUUCUCCAACAGCGAUGCUUCGUACAGUCUGGCCCUCAAAAUUUUGCUGGAAUUCAUCCUGGGUGAGGCGCUCGACCCGGCCACGCAAAAGGACGUGGCCCAAAUCACUCGACUCAUCCUGGCUGGCAAUUCGAUUGCUCCCGAGCAGCGCGAGGAGAAGCCGGACAGGAAAGGCGGCAACAAGAAGUACGGGUACGAUGCUAGCUCCUACAACGCGACGCCCUUUGAACUGCUCGAUGACUUCCUGGCCGAGAUUCUACCCUCCAUCCCCGUCACCCUACUUCCUGGGGCUGACGACCCGGCUAAUGCUGCAUACCCGCAACAGCCCGUGCAUCCCGCCAUGUUCCCUCGAGCGAGAGAAUUUGUAACGGAUACCCCGGGCGAGCCCAAUUGGUUUGACUGUGUAACGAACCCCUGGGAUGGUGAGGUUGAGGGCUGGCGAUUCCUCGGUACCGGCGGCCAAAACGUGGAUGACGUUUUCAAGUACAUCAGCAGUGAUGACCGGAUUGGGAUGAUGGAGGGCAUGUUGCGGUGGAGAUGCGUCGCCCCUACCGCCCCCGAUACAUUGUGGAGCUACCCUUUCCAGGACGACGACCCCUUUGUGCUCAAGAUGUGCCCCCACCUCUACUUUGUUGGAUCCCAGCCUGAGUUUUCCACCAGCGUCAUUCACGGGCCUGAAGGACAGUCUCUCUAUAGCGCCCUCACUUGCAUCGUCCCCCUCAACCUCCUCAACCUCGGCAUCAGACAUGCCCUGGUUCCCCUCGAGAAACUCUCUCAUGCGAGAUGCAAUGUUGCGCAGCUGCUCAUACUCCCUCCUGGCACCCUCCUCCCGCCCCCGCAGUACGAGCUCGUCCUCUGUGACCCAGUAGGGUCGCCGCGGCGCGCGCGGCGGAUGGCGCCACCGUACCUGCGCGAGACGACGACGGCGAACGCGGCGGCUGGUGCGCGGAUCGGACCCUGGGAAGAAGGAGGAGGCGGCGGGCCGGCGGCGGUCGUGGUGAUGAAAAACGCAAUCUCGAGACAGGGGACGCGCAUGAUGGUGCGCAUGAGAGGGUCUCGGGCUUGA